AUGCAGAAGCUGAACGAGAGACCUGCCAUGGUUCCGCCGUUGUGUUAUUCCUUCAAAGAUCUCCGCAGCAUCGAAGACAUUCUGUACGAGUCUCCCUCCAGCGGCGUGACGAAAUCGGCCCCCCUUCGGCGAACAAAGGACACGGACGGCUCCAUGGCCUUGGCGACCACCGCCUCGGAGGAGCCGCCCCCGGGGGCCAGGGGCUGUCCGAACUCCAUGGUGCUCAAGCUCUCCAACAACAGCCUGACGUCCCUGAGGGGACUGCAUGAAGUGGCUGAAAAGAUUCUGAAUGACCCCGCGGACCUCGUCUGGCUGGACGUGUCCUGCAACAAGCUGACAUCCGUGGACGGCAUCCUCUCGAAGUUCCCCGGGCUCCAGGUACUCUACCUGCAUGGAAACGAAAUCGGCAGACUCUCGGAUGUCCGAAAGCUGAGCAGCCUGACCAAUUUGCAGAAGCUGACCCUCCACGGCAAUCCCGUCAACGAGCUGCCUCACUAUAGGGACCACGUUGUGGGACACGUGCCGACCUUGAGAUCGCUCGACUUCAGCGCCAUAACGCGAGUCGACAGGGACAACAUUGACACGUGGAUGAGAGGACACAUGAAGCGCAAGGCCGAUCGUUAA